AUGAACAAGCCGUACUACCCAGGACUGAAAAUAAAACAGUUUUGCGACCAAGCCACCCUAGUGGAGCAAGUGAAACGAGUGAAAGAAAUUGAAGCUAUUGAAAGUGACUCCUUUGUUCCACAGACAUUCAGAUCAAGUAAAGAAGUCAAAAAGUCGAUAGAGCCUACUGAACUACAGUAUGAGCCUGUAACUAUCGGAGCAGGAACCGUUGAUGCAUCUGCUCCUGAAAAAGAACCACCGCCUGCCAAUAUCCCUACUGCCAUCAAAUAUCAAGAUGAUAAUUCUUUAGCACAUCCAAAUCUGUUUAUCGAGAAGGCAGAAGCAGAAGAGAAGUGGUUUCAGAGGCUGAUCGCUCUUCGGCAAGAAAGGCUGAUGGGCAGUCCGGUGGCCUGAGCCAACUGCUGUGACCAUCACGUACCAGUUCUCCAUGAAUGCUAAGAAAUCCUACCAUUAAAUUGUUUUAUUUUUCUCUUUUGAGGGGAUUUUAAUACUCCAUAUGAGUUGUACAGAGAAUAAAUAUUUCACCUGAAUA